UCGUCCGGAGCGUACGGAUACACUCGGACGUCGUCGUCGUCGUGCCGUGUUGUUAUUAUAGCGUCGAGAUACGAUUUUUUUUCCUCCGAUUCGAUCGAAAAGUGUUUCGCUGUUUUUGUUGUGGUUGUUGUUGUCGUCGACGUCCUCGUCAUUGGGAGAAGGUGUAUUGUGCACACCUUUGCGUAUCGCCGGUUGUUUUGGGAAACGACGCGCGUGACAAUGUCAUCAUCGGAGUGAUUAUCGCAGCCGAAGCAAAAAUGUGAUAUCGAGAAAUUUGGGUCCAUUUGGAUAAUAAAUUUUAUUUAUUGGACCGGAUAGUGGUUACGCGGUUUGUACGGAAAGAGCGAUGAAUUUCGGUGCAGUCAGUAGUGGUACAAAUUAAGCUUUGCGUGUAUGAAACGUGUUCGAUGUAAUCGGCGAAGGAUUGCCGCAAAAGAGAAUGCGAGCAAAAUGUAAUGAUAAAUGAUUGAUUGAGUUUUUUUUGGGGUGUUACUCGUCGAGUGCUCAUUUGAUGUGGUCAAAGUGCUCAUGCUGAGCAGUGUGUUGGGUGGUUAACUGUGCGAGAUUGUAUUGUGCAUAUGUAUGCAAAAUAAUUGCGUUUAAAUCGCUUAGCUGAUUGCCGUUGUGGAGAGGCGCAUUUUGGUGUAGAAGAGAAUUUCAAGAAAACCGACCAGAGGUGCGAAAGUUUCGAGAAAGUGAUGAAGCUCAAAUUGGCGAUAAGUGUGAGGUGAAAAUUACUUGAAAUGAUUUUCGGGAAUGUUGUGAAAGGUGAAUGAAGUGAAAAGAUAUGAAAAAUCACGGCCUCUAAUGGUCACAGCGAUACAAGUGGAGCGAAGAGGAAAUAUUUUGAAUUGAUAUCGCCAAGUCACGUCAAGUUCAAAGCUACCUUAACCGGUGAAAUGGUCGUGUGAUUUGGUCGGGUUACGUUUGCGAUUAAUUAGCUAAUUGGAUGCAGUAACGACGACGGUCAAAGAUCCAGUUCAGUGUCCGGUUUGAUCGAAGCAAAGUCAAAUCACGCAAACAGAAGAUUAAGUGAAAAGGCAAAUCCUUGCCGCAGUGGAAGUCAGUGGCGGUCAUUAACGCAGCUUAGCUAAACGUUCAGUUGUCACGAAAACGUGACUUCCCGUUCGAAAGUCGGUGGAAAAAAGAGAAGAAAAACUGUGCAGGUGAGGUGAUGUGCAGUGAAAGCCUGUGCAUAUCGCCGCGCCGCUGGAAUCCGUAUAGUAGGCGCUGAGUCGACAAGUUGACAAGAACAUAGCAAGAGAGAUAGAGAGCAUCAUGCCGCAUCCAAUGUCACCGCAGUCGCCGACACCGACGUUGCUAAGUAGCAGCCGUGGUAGCAGCAUGCAUCUGGUGGAGUACGACUACGACGAACCGAAGCCGGCCAAGAAAAUCCUCGCCAAAGCCAUCUACGAUAACAUCGCCGAGAGCACCGACGAGCUGGCCUUCCGCAAGGGCGACAUUCUGACCGUCAUCGAAACGGACACCAGCGACCUCAAGGGAUGGUGGCUGUGCCAGCUGCGGGGACGACAGGGUAUCUGCCCCGGAAACCGACUGAAAAUCAUCCAACCACACGAUUCCGGCUGUUUCACCCUGUCGCCGGCUUCCUCACCGUGUCCCUCGAUCGGACCGGGCACCAAUCUGAACAGUCCGGUCCCGAGUGACAUCUACGAGAACACCACUACCGCAUCGAGCAUUUCGUCAGCCACGUCGACAACGACGCCGGAAUCCAACAGGCAACAGCUCUACCAAAACCAGCACCAGGGCAAGCGGAGAUCCUGGCACAUAAAUCCCAACAAGGUUCUCACACCCCAGAAAUGCGGCGACGUGUAUCUGUAUGAUCUGCUACCGACGCCCACAAGAGGAGGCAGCCCCUAUCAGCAUCAUCAGCAUUCCGCUUCGGCCGACGCUCUCGACACAUACGACGUCCCGAAGCCGGCGGUCCCCAUCAACUACGACACACCGCGAGCGUGGUCCCGAACGCCACCCUAUUACGCCCACCACAAUCCCCACCAUUCGCCGCACACACCGAACUACGGCCACCCGCCCCACCAUCAUCACUUCAGCUACAGAAUGGAAGAGUCCUACGACAUCCCCCGACCGGUUAACAAUCUACUUGCUCAACAGAACCUCACUCCGAGCAGUUCCAAUUCUUCGUUGCUCACCUCGGACAGCUUAAGUCUGUCCUCAUCGAACAGGUCUUCCCUGGCCAACAUGCCCGAUUACGACGUGCCCCGGAGAAACCCGGUAUCCAUACGAUCCACCCCACCACCCCCACAGCAUCCCGCAACACCCCACUCCCAAACCAGCGGCAUCUUCAGCAGCAACCACUCGAUGUCCAUAUCGUCGUUCUCCUCCAGCACCAGCACUUACGAUGUUCCUCAAACCCCGCUUCAUCAACAGCAGCAACUGCUGCACCAGCAACCACCGCCACUGCCAUCGAAGGAACUUCCGCUGGAGCUGUCCUCGGCGCUGGAAACCCUCGCCCGAUUACAGAAUGAAGCCACUUCCGCCGUUUCAAGACUGCUUGGUUUCGUCUCGCCGAACUGGAGGACGAAGGAAAAGCUGGAUCCGAUUCUGAUGGAUCUCAAGUUGGCCGCUGUGCGGCUCCGGACUGCCCUGCACGACUUGGCCGAGUUUGGCGAUGGUGCCCUCGGCAAUGCAACCAAAGCGGAAGAUAAAGGCCUAGCCCAGAAGCUCCGACCGCUGGUGAAAGCUUUACGCGACGCGGACAAACUGGUCCACGAAGCCUCGCAGAACCUGGACAACCAAGGCUGGACCAUGGUGACCCUCCAGCGACCCGAGGCCACCCAGAAGCUUCAACAGCAACUUCCCCCGGAUAGCCUGGAUCAGUUGAUUGCAUGUGCUCAAACGUUGACCGAGGAUGUCCGGCAGACCGCCUCCUUCAUCCAAGGUAAUGGAACGCUCCUGUUCAAACGAAGCACGACUUCGUCCACCGCCACAACCCCGCAGACUCCGACCGGUCACGUUAAGAGCAUCAACAACAACAACAGCCGGACCAGUGGCCACGGCGAGUGGCCCGAGGACUACGACUACGUCAGUCUGGAAUCGAAGGAAGCCUCGGCCAAAUCCAACGCAGAGAUUCACGACGCCUUGCCGCAAGAUUUGAAGAAGAACUUCGAAAACGUGGUGCGGAAUGCGAAUGCGGCGGCCACCGUCGGAAGCGAAACUAAGGAAGCCCUCGACCCGAACGAUAAGUCCGUACUGGUGUACUACGCGACCCAAACGGUAACGCACAUGGGCUACCUCACCCAAGCGAUCGACGCCUUCCUGCAAACCGUGGAACACAACCAGCCGCCCAAGUUCUUCCUGGCGUACGGGAAGUUCGUUGUGCUGAGCGCACACAAUCUGGUCAACAUCGGGGACAUUGUGCACCGGAACGUCUCGCGGGAAAACGUCAAGACCCGGGUGCUUCAGUGUGCCGAUGCCCUAUCGGAAGCGCUCAAGACGUGCGUGGCCAAAACGAAGAAGGCGGCUCAACAUUUUCCGAGCGUGACGGCCGUCCAGGAGAUGGUCGACUCGGUGGUGGACAUUUCGCAUUUGUCGAGCGAUUUGAAGAUCGCCAUGUUGGAAGCGGUGCAACAGUAAGGUUGGGGAAAUACUACUUAGGAAUCGAUUAGCGAUCUCAGUUUUUGAGCAUUUUUUUGGAAACAGGUUUCUGAUGGUAGAAUCGGGAUGGUACUUAUCGGUCAAUGUCUGGGCGUGUGAAGCUUGGAGCCUUUCUAAUGAAGCUGAGCAUAAGACUCUUCAGGAACUAACCCCCGUGUCCUUACUUGUCUUUGUCCUUGGCCACUUCCUUAGAAACACGCUUCCUGAUUUCAAUGUUCAUUCAGGGAUUCUUCUAGAAGUUGCGUCAGGAGGUUUUACUGAAAUUAACUGAAUUCCAUCAGGAAUUUCUUUAGAAGUUCCUACAGGAUUUUUCAGAAAUUAAUAAAGUAAUUUUUUCAGGGGUUCGUCUAAGAAGUUCUUCAGGGAUUUCUUCCGGGGUUCAUUCUCCAAAGCUCCAUCAGGGGGUUUUCCUGGCUUUCAUUCAGAAAUUCUUUCAAAAAGUUCUUCAAUUCUUUCUCCAGGAAUUUAUUCGGAGAUCAAUUCAGGAGUGUCUUCGAGCAUUUAGAAGUUCUGUUAGAGAUUUAUUUUAGAGUUCAUUCAAGGAUUCCUGUAGAAGUUCCUUCGGAGAUUCUUCCAGGAAAUCCUUCUUUAAUUCCUCCAGGAAUUCAUCCAGCAAUUUCUUCACAGUAUCCUUCAAGCAUUCCUUCGGGAAUUUCUUCAGAGAUUCCUCUAAGGAUUUCAUCAGGGAUUCCUUCAGUAGUUCCUUCAGGAAUUCAGGAGUUCAGGAAUUUGUCAAGAAAUUCCACCAGAGAUUUCUCCUGGAAUUCUUUGAGUAAUUUAUUUUAAAUUUCCUUGAUGGAUUUUUCCUGAAAUUUAUUGACGAAUUUCUACGAGAAUUCCUUCGGGGAAUCCUUGAGGAAUUACUUCAAAACUUUCUCCUGAAAUUCAUUGAGGGCUGUCUCCAGGCACUCCUUCAGGGAUUCCUCCAGGAGCUUCUUCAGAGAUUUUACCAGAGAGUGCUCAAUGGAUUUUUCCAGGAUCUUUCAGGAAUUUCUCUUGGAAUUCCUUGGGAUUUUUCACGGAAUUCCUUGAGGGAUUUCUUCAUGGAUUCCUCCAGGGACUCCUUCAGUGAUUUAUCCAGGAAUUUCUCCACUAAUGUUUGCUUGAAUUCUUCAGGAGUUGUCUUGGAAAUCUAUGGAGGAUUUCUCCUGGAAUUCCGAAGAGAUGUCUCCAGGAACUUCAUCGAGGAUUUCUCCAGGAAUUCAGAAAUUUCUUCUCAAAUUUCUCCAGGGAUUUCUCCAGCAACGUUUUCAGAAAUUUUUUACAAGAACUUCUUCAUUGAUUUCUCCAGGACCUCCUUCAUGGAUUUCAGCAGAAACUCACGCAGGGACUCCUCAAGGAACUCCAUAUGGAAUUCCUUGAGGGCUCGCUUGAGGGAUUACUCCAGGAAUUUCUUUCGGAAAGUUCUCCUCGAAUUCAAGAGAUUUCGCCAGGAGCUCCUUUGGGUUUUUUUGGAAUUCUUUGAGAUUUUUUCAGGAACUCCUUCAGAGAUCUUUCGGGGAUUCCUGGGAUUUCCCUAGGAUUUCUCUUCUCAAAUUAUUAUUGGAUUUUCUUCAGGUAUUUCUCCAGGAAUUGCUGGAGGGAAUCCCCCAAGAACUCCUUCAAGGAUUCCACCAGCAACUUCUUCGAGGAUUUGUUCUCAAAUUCCUUCAGGGAUUUUUCCAGGAACUUCUUCUAAAAUUCCUCCAGAAAUUUAUUGCGGGAUUCCACCAGGAAUACCUUCAGGAAUUUCUAGUGGAAUUCUUUGUGUGAUUUCUCCAGAAUUCCUUGAAGGAUUCCUCCAGGAACUCCUGCAGGAGUUACUUCAGGGAUUCAGAAGGCCUGCAUGGAUUUUUCCAGGAAUUGCUUCGGAGAUUUCUUCUUGAAGUAUUUAGGAAUUCUUCUAGAAAACUAGUCAGGGGUUUCUUUUGGAGUUCAUUCAAGAGUGGUGAUUCUCCAGAAAUUCCUUCAGGGAUUUCUCCAGAUUUAUUCAUGGAUUCCUCUAGAAGUUCUGUCAGGAGAUUUUAAUGAAGGUUAUUCAAGGAUUUCUAUAGUAGUUCAGAGAUACAUCCUGGACUUCGUCAGGGGUUUCUCCUGGAGUUUAUUCCAUUUUUUUCCAGAAAAUUCUUCAGUUAUUCCUCCAAGUCCGGAGUGUCUUCGAGCAUUCCUUAAGAAGUUCGACUAGGAAUUUCUCCUGGAGUUCAUUCAAGGAUUCCUGUAGAAGUUUCUUCAGAGAUUCUUCCAAAAAUGUCUUCUUGAAUUCCUUCAAGAAUUUUAUAAGAAAUUUCUACACGGCUCCUUCAAGCAUUUUUUUUUUUGCAGAAAUUUCUUCAGCGGUUCCUCUAGGAAUUUUAUCAGCAGUUCCUUCAGGGAUUCGUCCAGGAUUUAUUCUAAGAAUUCCACCAGAGAUUUCUCCUGGAAUUCUUAGAGGAUUUUUUUUCUUGAAGUUCUUUGGGUUAUUUCUGCAGGAAUUCAUUGAGGGAUUCGGGGAUUCCACCACAAACUCUUUCUGGGAAUCCUACAGCAAUUUCUUGAGGGAUUUCUCCUGAAAUUUAUUGAUGGAUAUCUUCUGGAAUUCCUUCAGAGAUUUCUCCAGGGACUGCCCAAGGAAUUUCUCCAGGAACUAUCAGGAAUUUCUCCUAGAAUUCUUUGUGGGAUUUUUCUUGAAAUUUUUCGAUGGAUUUUUUCAUAAACUCCUGCAUGAAUUCCUUUAGUGAUUGAUUGACGGACUCUCCAGGAAUUUCUCUAGAAUUCUUCAGAGAUUGUCUUGCAAAUCUUUGAGGGAUUUCUCCUGCAAUUACAGAAGAGAUGGCUCCAGGAACUCUAUCACGGAUUUCUCCGGGAACUCCUUCAGGAAUUUCUUCUCAAAUUCCUCUUGGAACUCCUUCAGAAAAUUUUCCAAGAACUUCUUUAUUGAUUUAUCUAGGAACUCCUGCAUGGAUUUCUGCAGAAACUCGCGCAGGGACUCCUCAAGGAACUCCAUCUGAGAUUCCUUCAGGAAUUUCUUCCAAAAAUUUCUCUCGAAUUCAAGAGAUUUCACCAACUAUUUUUUUCAGAAACUCCUUCAAGGAUUUCCCUAGGAACCUCUUCAGGAAUUUCUCCUCGAAUUCUUUGUAAGAAAUCAUUCACUGAUAUCUCCAGGAAUUGUUUCAGAGUUACCAAAGAUACCAUCCUUAGGGGAUUCCUCGGAUUCCUCUUGGAAUUUCUUCUUAAAUUCCUCUAGGAAUUUCUUCUUAAAUCCCUCUAGGAAUUUCUUCUGGUAUUUCUCCUGGAAUUUCUGGACAUUUCUGGAAUUCGUUGAGGAGUUUCACCAGGAAUUCUUAGUGGAAUUCUUUGAAGGGUUUCUGCAGAAGUUCCUUGAGGGAUUUCUCCUGUAAUUCCUUGAGGAACUCUGCCAGAUUUUUUCCAGAAGUUCCAUCAGGGAUUCAUCCAGGAAGUUCUACCUGGAUAUCUCCAAGAAUUUCUUCAGAAAUUUCUCCUUAAAGUCUUCCAGGAAUUCCCCUGGAAAAUAGUCAGUGGUUCCGCUUGGAGUUCAUUCAAGGAUUCUUCUAGAUGUUUCCUCACGGAAUCCGCCACGAAUACCUUCAGGGAUUUUCCCUGGUAUUCUAUGAAGAAUUUAUCUUGUAAUUGCUGGAGAUUUUUGCACGAACUCCUUCCUUGUGGGGUUGCUGUAGGUAUUUCUUCAGUUAUUCCUUCAGGAUUUUUUUCUUGAAAUUCUUCAAAAAAAAUCUUCACGAAUUCAUCCAGUAGUUCGUUUAGGGAUUACUAUAGAAAAUCGGUCAGAGAUUUCUGCUGGAGUUUAUUGAAAUUUCUCCUGAUAUUGCUGGAGAGAUUUCACCUGAAAUUCCUUCGGGGACUCCUUUUAAGAAUUUCUCAAGGAAAUUAUUCAAAAAUUUCCUCAGGAAUUUCUUCGGGGAUUCCUCUAGUAACACCUUCAGGAAUUAUUUCAAGUUCCUUCAGGGGUCCUCGUGAAGUUCGUCUAGCUAUCCCACCUAAAAUUCAUUUUGUGGUUUCUCUAGGAGUUCCCUAUGUGGUUUCUUCUGAAGUUCCUUCAGUGAUACCACAAGAAAACAGACAUAGUACUCUCAAUCGCAAUCAUCGCACGAUUUAACGACCAUUUUCAAACUAAAUUGUGGUUCGAACUGUGCUCGCAUGUGUCAUGGUGAUGCUGCUAUACCUACAUCUCUCACUUUUGGUGAGAAUUGUCUCGUUGAAUUUUUCAUCAAUAGCAAAUAAGCCAGGGAAACGGUUUUACAUCAGUACUUCCAAGCUUCCUGAUGGAAUUUUAGUGAAUGUGUCGUUAUCCGUCAUUAGGUUACCUAGGCCAUCUGGAUGUGCGAUCUGGAUCUCUAAUGAACGAGAGGACUUUUUGAAGGCUGAUCGAUUCUGGAGUGUAUUGGAUGUUUUCACACAUAAACUUCUAAUAUCUCCGUUUGCUUUUCUUUAUUUCAGUGCUGGAUUCGGAUAAGGCUUCCUAUAUUGGCCUAAAUCUAAAGUUGCUUUUGCUCUAUUGAAGAGUUUCAUGACAUUCCUCCUCAUCUUUUAUACAAAGUUGUUCCACCAAGGACCUUUCCAGUUUCUUCUUUUUCUAGAUAACCUUCACAACAUGAUUGAAUAAUGUUGUUAGGGACCACUUUAGAAGCAUCUUCCAAACUGUCUGCUGUUCUUAUUUUUCACCCAGCAGGUGCGGUGUUGCUUGUAGAGAUCCCAGUUGGUAUUCCUGGAUUCUCGAUAGAAUUCCCUCACAGUCUCUCUCCUCUCUAUUGAGGAAAAGGUCAUAUGCUUAUGAUCUGAUAUAGAUAUCCCGCCAGAUACUUACCAAGAGGCAAUUCUAUCUGCUAGAACUGGGCUACAAAGUGUCGCCUGACCUUGUUUGUUGAUGUCACUACUCCUCCAUACAAUGUGGUGAGCAUCAGCAUAGUAACGGAUGAAUGCUGGUUUUGUUGUCGAUAGCUGAUGACAAAUUCGGAAAUUGAGAACGUCGGAGCUUCUUCUUCAUCACCAGGAAAGUAUGCUGAUGCUAUAUUAACUUACCUCUGGCUGUUGGAAUCUCUAUCCUGAUGGCUACGACGUCUUGUUUGGUGAAUUCUGUAAUGGAAGUAAAAUUAAUUAGCUAGACUGUCCUUGGAAAAGAAUGGCUAUCAUCAUCAGUGCUGAAAAAUUCAUUUCGCCACAUCUAAAUUCAAUCACCUACAGCUCAUUUUAGAAGCUGAACCUGAGAAUAUUGUGUAUGAAAAACUUGUGCGGCUAGUCCAGUUCUGCAAGAAAGUCACGGAAAAACCGCUAUUUUUCGAAUAUUUAAUGUAAAUGUCACGGACUACCUUUGUAAAAUGCCAAAUGAUAUUCACCGUGAAUAUCAUUAGGCAUAUUUCGAAGGUAGUCCGUGACAUUUACCUUAAAUAUUCGAAAAAUAUCGUUUUUUCCGUGACUUUCUUGUUGAACUGGUCUAGCCGCACACGUUUUUCAUAUACCAUAUUCUCAGGUUCAGCUUCUAAAAUGAGCUGUGGGUGAUUGAAUUUAGAUGUGGCGAAAUGAAUUUUUCAGCACUGAUCAUCAUAGAGAAACUUACAUCUUGGUAUUGCAAGACCCAGCGCUCUGUGAUUGUUGACCCAAGCUUUCCUGUACUAACGCCAGAUCGAGGUCUCCUUUGGCAAACCUUUACAAAAAUACGCCUGAGCCCCUCCCACAACAUGCCCUGAACAAUUGAUCAAUGGAUCAAUGGAUCUGCUUUUUUGUGACUGGCGGCUCGCCGGCUUGGUUUUUAUGGGAUUUCUGGGACCUUACUAUGUUUUCAUAGUGAUUUACCGUUGCUCUCAUUGCGGUUGUCAUCCAUGUUCGGAUACGCUUUAGCAUUUUAUUCGUGGGGUUCAGCCUUAGACAAAUUGCCCUAAAGCAACUCCUCUUGGAGAAAUCCAUGAAAGAACUCCUGAAAAAAAUACCUAGAAAAGAAUUUCUCCUGAUGAAGUCUUCUCGAGAGAAACUCUUCUUGGAGUAAACCAUAAAAAUGAAUGAAUCGAUAUCUUUAUUAUUCGGCUGGUUCAUCUCCGAACCAUAAAAAUGACUUUUCUUGGAGGAAUAUAUAAAGCCACUCCUCUUGAAGAAUCCUUGAUGGAACCUGGAGAAAUUAUUGAAUGAACUUCUUCUGCUAAGGAUUUUUUGAAGUAUAUGCCAUAAAGAAAUAACUCCUAAAAGAAUUUCAAUAGAAACUCGUACAGCAAGAACUCCUGGAGGUAUCGCUGAAGAAACUUCCCUUGAAGGAAUCCACAAAAGAAAAUCUAAACGUUAUGUUGAAGAAAUUAAAAAAAAAAACUUUGCUAGGAAUGAAUAAAUAAUGCACAAAAAAUAUACCAGGUUUUACAAGACUUCGACGUCUAAGCAGAAAAAAACAGACCGUUCUAUCAAUCAGAAACCAAAACACUGUCAAUAUACAUCGAGGUAAACAAAUGAUAACACACAAAAGUAUUAACAAAAAAACCGGUAAAACAAAAAUCAUUACAAAUCAAUGGUGGGCCAACAAAACAGAACAAACAAUGCCAAAUUCAAACGGAAACUUCUGUCUACCGAAGGCAGGAGAUUUUAUCUAUACACAACACAGCAUAGAUCAGGUUUUGAUUGUAGGCAAAUGAAAUUAAGAAACAAAAACGAACAUAAAUCAUUGCUAGGCGAGAAAAAAUGUCACCAACUCGACUGCGACGCAUUGUAUAUUUUCCUUGUGAUAUAAUUUACUUCUUGAAGUCUAGGGGACACGCAUACUUUAAUCGAUGAAAUUCUACGGAAAAUCUAAACGCUUUGGCGGCAAACUUAAAACGAACUGUUAUAUAGGAUUUCCACAAUCUGUGUCGUCUAUCAAUAUUUACCUGUUAGUUUCUUUGUGUAGAAAUCUGAAUAUCUGAUCUAUAAAUAUGUAAUCUUACUAAGAAACUGAAACUGUCGGCAAGUCAAUAUACAAUCUGUGCAGCAUUAAAAUGAGAAUGGAAGAAGAAGCGGUUUGUAAAUAUAAAAAUCCAGUCAGUAUUUUUACGUUGGUUGUUCUGAGUUUAUCAAUUUUCACUUAAAUUCGACUUAAGUACGCUUUUUUGAAGCGAAUAUUAAAUAUUAAAUUAAAUAGCACACAUACCAAAUUGCAACCGAUCGUAAGACAAAAAAAAACUAAACGAAAGAGAAAUUUGAACGUGAAUUGAAAUAGGAACCACGAAAUGAAAUUUGCAAUAGUUUAAGUAACAGUUUUUUGCAGCAUACCGAUACACAAAUACACAUUCUGAAAGUGCUAGUUAUGUACAAUAGUUGCGCUUUGUAACCGAAUGCGGUUUCGGUUUGUAUUAUACUUUUGCGACGUGCAACACCGAACUGUGUAUGGUUCAGGAAUCGAAUAAUCGACGAUGAAAAAAUGGUACUAUCACUUUUGUCUAUACCUUAAGGAAGAAAAUAAACUAGCAUCUAAGUGAAUGUAGUCUUGUGUAAAUGUAGUCACUACAAACCAGUUGUGCACGGUUAACGGUAUGUGCAUACCAAAGGUGGAAAUGUGAAAGAUGGGAGGUAAAUAUCCUGUACACUGGUGAACUGAAACUUCACAUCGCUUUGCAGUGAAGUUUCCAAUUAUUGAGAUAAUACAAUAAAUUAUUCGAAGAAAGCCAA